AUGAUCGAUCAAGUGUUGUUGAAAAGCACGAUCGUAAGGCCCUGUACUUCUCGUGGUUGUCGUAUUCGUAGUACUCUUGCCUGGAGAACGUUUACGACAGCCCAGGCGUGUCCGGCUGGAGCAUCCCUGCUUCCAAAUGCCCUCCUGGUCGUCCGCAAAGCUGUCCCAUGUAUCGAUUCACCGACGGGAAAGUCAGCUGGUCGGGUUGAUGAUUACUCUCUUCGUCGAGAACGAUCGAUCGCCAUCAAAAAGCUCACAUCAAGUGAGUGGCACAUUUCGAGAUGCUGGUGCAGCAUUAGCGGUAAGGAUGUGCUCGCUCGCUGUUCGGCUUCCUCGCGUUGUUGUUCUUCUGGGCGCGACCACUGCUUGUCAGGUGCUUUUGGGGUCCCCCCCUAA